AAAACCCCAAACAACGCCCUUUCCCUCUCUCUCUCUCUCUCUCUCUCUCUUGUCUUCUAGUCAAAAGCCAGCGCUGGCCACAUAUAUACACUUCUCUCUUUCUUCACCAAAUAGUCAUCAACUUUUUCAACUUCAUUAAUUCCAGAUUCGUUUCAGCAGCGUCGCAUCUAGAGAGAGAGAGAGAGAUUGGAGAUGGCGGAGGAGAAGAGGUUCGUGUUUGAGGUGGAGUCGGCGAAGGAGGCCAAGGACGGGAGGCCUUCGAUCGGACCUGCCUAUCGCAGUGUAUUUGCAAAGGAUGGAUUUCCACCUCCGAUUCAAGGAUUGGAUAGCUGUUGGGAUAUUUUUCGAAUGACUGUGGAGAAAUAUCCUAAUAAUCCAAUGCUUGGUCGGCGGGAGAUUGUGAAUGGGGAGCCUGGUAAAUAUGUGUGGCAAACCUACAAAGAAGUAUAUGACUUGGUAAUGAAACUUGGGAAUUCCGUCCGCAGCUGUGGCAUUGAGGAAGGAGGACGAUGUGGUAUUUAUGGUGCCAAUUGUCCGGAGUGGAUUAUGAGCAUGGAGGCAUGCAAUGCUCAUGGUCUUUAUUGUGUUCCUUUGUAUGAUACCCUAGGUGCUGGUGCUGUGAAAUUUAUAAUAUGCCAUGCAGAGAUUACAAUAGUUUUUGUGGAAGAAAAAAAGAUUCCUGAGGUGCUGAAAACCUUUCCUAACACAACACAAUACUUGAGAACAAUUGUGAGCUUUGGCAAGAUCACUCCUGAACAAAGAGAAGAAGUUCAGAAGUUUGGUUUGGCUAUAUAUUCUUGGGAUGAAUUUUUGUUAUUGGGAGACAAUAAACAGUACGAUCUUCCAGUAAAAAGGAAAGGUGAUAUAUGUACGAUAAUGUAUACUAGUGGCACGACUGGUGACCCAAAGGGUGUAAUGAUUCCCAAUAAUAGCAUUGUUACUCUUGUAGCUGGGGUGAAGUGCCUGCUAGAGAGUGUUGAUGAAGCGUUGGUUGUUGAGGAUGUAUACCUUUCAUAUCUUCCUCUGGCACACAUCUUUGAUCGGGUGAUUGAGGAGUGUUUUAUCAAUCAUGGUGCCUCAAUAGGAUUUUGGCGUGGGGAUGCCAAAUUAUUGAUUGAGGAUAUUGGUGAGCUGAAACCUACUAUUUUCUGUGCCGUUCCCCGAGUAUUGGACAAAAUUUAUUCAGGUUUGCAACAGAAGAUUUCUUCUGGGGGUUUCUUGAAAAAUACUUUGUUUAACUUUGCAUACUCCUACAAACUUCAUAACAUGAAGAGUGGGAGUAAACAUACAGAGGCAUCUCCGCUCUCUGACAAAAUUGUUUUCAGUAAGGUAAAGCAAGGACUGGGGGGAAAUGUACGUGUUAUUUUAUCUGGAGGAGCACCUCUUGCUACCCAUGUAGAAGCUUUUCUGCGAGUGGUCGCAUGUGCUCAUGUUCUUCAAGGAUAUGGUCUGACUGAAACCUGUGGUGGAACAUUUGUCUCACUGCCAAAUGAGCUGGAUAUGCUUGGUACAGUGGGUCCUCCAUUACCCAAUGUGGACGUGUGCCUAGAAUCUGUUCCUGAAAUGGGAUAUGAUGCCCUUUCAAGCACACAACGUGGAGAAAUAUGUAUAAGGGGUGAGACCUUGUUCGCUGGGUACUACAAACGUGAAGACCUCACCAAAGAGGUUCUGGUUGGUGAAUGGUUCCACACAGGGGAUAUUGGUGAGUGGCAACCAAAUGGGAGCAUGAAAAUUAUAGACAGGAAGAAGAACAUUUUCAAGCUCUCACACGGAGAAUAUGUUGCUGUUGAAAACUUGGAGAAUGUUUAUGGCAAUGUUCCUGAUAUUGACUCAUUAUGGAUAUAUGGGAACAGCUUUGAGUCAUUCCUUGUUGCUGUUGUUAACCCAAAUAAGCAAGCACUCGAACGUUGGGCUGAAGCAAAUGGUGUGCCUGGGGAUUUUGAUUCCCUCUGUGAAAUUCCCAAGGCAAAAGAAUACAUACUUGGCGAGCUUACAAGGGUUGCAAAAGAAAAGCAGUUGAAAGGUUUUGAAUUUAUAAGAGCUGUUCACCUUGACCCCGUGCCAUUCGACAUGGAUCGUGACCUUAUCACCCCAACAUUCAAGAAGAAGAGACCUCAGUUGCUCAAAUACUAUCAGAGCAUCAUUGACAACAUGUACAAGAGUGCAAAGUAAGCCCGUUUCUCUGAGUUUAACAGCCCAAAAGAUGAUUCCCUUCUGUGAUGCCGCUGCAUGUUAUAAUCCCCGUUUAUUUGUUUUAAUAUUCGAUUGUACAUAAUAUAUAUAUGGUUACCCAAUGACUAAAGUUACGACUUAUGUAAUGUGGGUUCAUGAUAAGGCCAGUGUGGAAGUGCAUCAAACACCAGCAGUCAUACUGGUUAUUUCAUCAUUGAUCAGAGCAAGAUCAAAGAUGAUUGUUAGGAUCUUUUGUGCACGUUAACGAAGACAUUGUUAUAUCUGGAGGUUAUAUUAAUGGUCACUAUUUCACUAUCCAGAUUUUUCAUUC